CGGGUCCGGACGAGGGCAUGUCCCGGGGCCCGGGCUCCCUGGUUCUGUCCCCGGCCUGCCCCCCCCGGACCGCCCCGCGGAGCGUGAGCUGCCUGGCCGACCUGGACCGGGACUACGGGGACGGGGGGCUCCCGGCCGGGACUUGGCGGCGGCGUCCGCCGGGCUCGUCCGGCUGCGAGCCGCACUUGCGGCCCAUCAUGCGGCGCCGGGCCCGCUCCCUGCCCAGCUCGCCGGAGCGCAGGAAGACGGCGGCGGGCGGCGCGGGGCCCCCGUGCCGGCCGGGCUGCUGCAGCCGGAAGCACCGGGUGCGCUUCGCGGACGCCCUGGGGCUGGAGCUGACCCAGGUGAAGGUCUUCAACGCCGGCGACGACCCGGCCGUGCCCCUGCACGUCCUGUCGCGCCUCUCCAUCGCCUCGGACCUGUGCUGCAGCAGCCCGGAGCCGGAGUUCACCCUGCGGUGCCUGGUGCCGGACUUCCCCCAGCCGGCCGACCGGCCCGACUUCCUCGACCGGUUGCGCCGGGACAAGGUGCGGCUGGAGCGGGUGACGAGCUCGGACCUGGGCAUCAGCGGCACCGUGCGGGUGCUCAACGUGGCCUUCGAGAAGCAGGUGGCCGUCCGCUACACCUUCAACCGCUGGCGGGCCCACCUGGAGGCGGCGGCCCGCUGGAGGGGCAGCGCCGGCGAGGCCGACCUCUUCGCCUUCUGCUUCCCCGCGCCCCCGUGCCUCCCCGGCCUCGACUCCGCCGUCCAGUUCGCCGUCCGCUACCGCGUCGGGGACGGCGAGUACUGGGACAACAACGAAGGCCGGGACUACAGCCUCGUCUGCCGGAGCCACCCCCUCCGGCUGCCCAGGGAGUGCCAGGAGAGUUGGAUCCACUUCAUCUGAGCCGGUCCGGGGGCGAAGGCGGCGGCAGAGGGGGGCUUGGGCAUCGGGGACACACUCUGCCAAACAGGGACACGCUUUUUCCAAUGACCUUAACAUCCAUUGCAGGUGCCUUCCGUCCAGCCCCACCACAAUCCCCCUGGAGCGGACACGUUGUUGCCGCCACGACGAGGCCUACCUCC